ACAGAUACCCGAAGACAUUUCAGAUCACAUUUACUCUGCUCGGACUUAGCAUUUUCUUCUCGAAACCUCUAUACGACAUCUUUAUCCGGGAAAGAGUUGAACCAGAUUACUCCGAGCAACCCACCACUUUCGCUAGACAACGCGAGGAGCAUGGACGCAGUCAAAAAAGCUAGGGAACGAUUCGCGAAGUACCCACUUAUUUACGCUAAAUGUGCGAAACAAGGUUCUUUAUACGCUAGAUGUGUCCUUCUCCGGGAGGAUUCUGUUAAAAAAGACGAUUGCGUAAAAGAGUUCCAGGAAUUUAACGCUUGCCUACAAAUUGCAUGCAAGGAACUGAAAACUAAGCUCUAAAAUGGAUUUCCUGACCAAAU